AUGGCUUCAAUCAAUCUUCUCCAGCAGCCACACGUUGAAUUACUGGAGGCAAUAACGAUGCUCGUCACCGUACAUCUUCUGUCAGGCAAUGUCCAAGCUGGGGCAAUUGGCAACACGCUCGCUGCACAAUAUGUACUUCGGAUAGGAGGCAACACUCGGGACUGCUUCAUAAAAGCCUCCACCUUUGCAGCUACUGGAGACGAACGAUUUCGAAUCAACUAUCAUUUACGGAAUUUGUUCUGGAUCUGCUACCAACAGGACAAGGAGUUAUGUCUUCGUUCUGGGCAACCACCAACUCUUUCCGAGGACAACUGUGAUCUUGAUUUACCCGUCGGAUACGAACAGAACUGGAAUAAUUCUCUAGCGAUAGAUAACUCCACGGCCCCCGUUUUUCCGGGUGAUCUACGUUUGAGCCAGAUCAAGUCCAAGGCUUACUUUGAACUGUACUCUCGGCGUGCGCUGGAGAAGAAUGGCGCCCUUGUUCUUAGCGCGAUUCGCCAACUGGAUGAUGAUCUGGAGGAAUGGCGUAUGAGUAUCCCAGCAGACUAUCGCCCGACUAUGCUCUUCAACGAGAAAACUCCUCAUAGGCCCAGACACUUCAAUAUUCGGUCUUUAAUGCUUCGCUUAGAGUAUUAUCAUUGCGUGGCGUACAUUCACCAGGCCUGUGCACGAUUUCAAACGAUGACCGGAAGUCCAGAUCAAGAGAUACAAGGCGUUACAUCGAGUUUAACGUUUUCGAUGGCCGCGUGCCGCUCCUCGCUCUACUACCUGGUGGCUGUUCAGGAUACAUUAGUCCCUAAAGACUUCUGGUUGACCUUGUUUUAUACGCUCUCAGCGAUUUUGACUGUAUUCUGCUUUUUAAUAUCCAACCCCGGGACUCCAGAGGCAAGGAACGAUCUGGAAAUCAUUCGCAAGAUAGCAGCCCAACUCCGGAGAUUGGGAAAGGAUGACCUUUUUACUGAGGAACACUCUCAGACUGAACGCGUGUGGAAAGUCAUAACAGCUUUGGAGGGCCUAGCUAAACGUACAAUUGAGAAACAAAUUUCAUGA